CACCUUCUGACCGAAAUGACCUACCGCAGUCACAUCGUGGGACCAUCGCGUGCAUUCGAUCACAUCUACGAUCCGUUGUACGUCGCCUCCGAUCAGAAGGAUGUCUGUCGGGCGAACAACGCAGCCCUCAGUCGAUCGGCUCCGAUCGGGAUCUUUCCGGUGUAUCAAACCAUGUUCAGUGAACUGCCCCGGAUGACCCGUAAUCACUACGUGAUGCAUCGGAAUCCUCUUCCGUAUUACCCCGAUAUGCAGGUAAAUUCCGAGGUGAAGGUGCCGUUCGUUCCGGAUGUAUCGAGGAUUCUCGGUACGGAACGUUCCAAGUUCUUCUGUCAUCCGACGGCCGGCGAGACGGGUACGUUGCUCAAGCUAAACGAGAGUAUGGAGGAGUUUUGCCACUGUGAUCAAUCGGCAGAACCACGGUUCAAGGAUGCUGCGUCCCAGACCAUGUAUCGAGAGUCUUCCGCUCAAACGCAACCUUGGAUGCCGACGGCAGUGCUGAAAGAUGCAGACUUGGGUACGGCUGAGAUCGUUUAUGUAGCGGAAAUGCUGCAACAUACGCGCUAUCCGGGAAUUAACGAGGUGGAAAUCAUCGAGCGUGCAAGGAAGAAGCGAAACUGGGAGUACUCGGUGGGAAGCUGCGAUUCAGCGGAUGAGUGGGCGCAGCAGAAGCUGGUUCUACAGAUUUUCGAGUGGGAGGAAUGGGUGGCACGCGAGCGUCAGAUCGAUCGGUAUCAAAUGUUGCGACUCCAGCUGGUAGCGAAGAUUAUGGAAAAACGUGAGAGGGACACGAAGCAAGCCACCGAGAGUAAGAUGGAGAAUACCAAGAACAGGAUCAACGAACAGAGGAACAAAGCGAUGGAGAAACUGAAGAUCAACUAUGAGCGGAACAUGCGAAAAUUGGAGAAGAAACGGAAUGAUUCAAAGGCGAACAAAUUCCGUUCGCCGCAUGUCCCGAAACCGGAGGAAACUACCGUGGCGGCUACACAAAAGAAGGGAUUCUGUAAAAAAUCCUACAACUAUGACCCGAAUCUGAUUGAAGUUGGAUUAACAAAGUUGGAGAAGAAGAUCACCAUAACGCACAAGAUGAAGGAUGUUAACAAUCAACGUCCAGAACUGUGGAAACCUAAGGAAGUCUGCCGGGAGUUCCAAAAAGGAUUUUGGUCCGACCAUUUCCUACGAAAGCUUUACGAUUCCCUCAAACAUUUUCGGCACAAGAAAGAUACGAAACCGGAGAUGCCAAAGUGCCUGAUUGUGGUAUCGUCCCCUACCGAGAGCAUCGUCGAUUCCCCACCCAGAGUCAGUGAAGAACGGGAAGAUGAUAUUCUCUACCAGCAAGCCGUCCUACUUCAAAAAUUGAUCAAUGGCCGUGCCACACAGGAAAUGAUCCACAAAGACUACGCCGCAGACCGGGACCUCGUCGAAGAUCUCAUUUCCACUCAUCGUCUCCCGGUGGUAGAAGAAUUCUUCCCUAUUGAUCCUAUCAAAACGGGAAGCGUUCGCGAAAAGUAUCUGCACAUUCUGCGCAACGAACAGCUGCUAGACGAAUUCGUGGAGAACUGCACUCAUGCUCAAAUGACUUCCCUCAUGACAACUCUGGAGCGGGAACUGUCUAGACUGCAGAACGAGCGAAACACCCAUGCGUUCUACCUGUUGACCGAGCAGGAGCGCUACUUCCGUGAGGCACGUGAAACUCGCCACAUUUCGGAGAUGAAAUUUCAGGAUAACGAAGAGUUGUCAAUCUACCUGGAGAAUGCUCUUCUGGAGAAAGUUGAAGGAGAUAGCCUGGACGAUACACGCGGGCAAAUUCAAGAACUGAUUAAGAAAUUCGACACGGAAGCUGACAAACGUAUAAACUCAAUCGACGAACCAGCUCAGAACCAUGGAACCAUCGCUUCCUGCCUGAUGGACGAACUGCUGAUGCCGGAUGUCUACCGUAGAGUUGCUAGGGAGAACAUCAAGAUGAAGCAGAAGCCGCUCCUAUCGGAAGCCCACGAAGCGAUUUUCCAACAAGUCGAUCUCAAACCGUUGGAUUCCGUUCCAGAAGAAGUGAUGGAAACAUUGCGGAAAGAAUCGGCAGCAGCUGAGAUCGUAGCUUUGGAAGAAGCCCCGGAUUUGGACACACGUAGUGAAGGUCAAAUAAUUAUUGGGGACAUUUUGAGCAACGUUAUUGACUGUGCCCUGUCGGAGAACGAAGUGGACGAUAUUCCGGAGGAUGUUGGAACCAACUUUUUUGGCUUGAAGUCGGGAGCGGGAGAUGAAGGUGCUGGUGAGGAAGAAGAAGCUGAGAAGAUGGCCAGCAUGCUGAUUGAAGAUAUGAUUACACAUGUAUGCGAAGCACCGGAGGAGUAA